AUGUGUCAGUGUGUUUGGGAAUUAUUGAGUAUAGAAAAAUCUUUCAUGAAGCUAAAUGAUAGCUGUGGAAAGAAUUCUAUAUAUAAGAUUUCUAAUAAUGAUGAAUUUGAUAACUUUAAUGAUUCUAAAAUAGUCACAGAGAAAGUUGACUAUGAUUAUACAGAUGAAUUAUCAAAACAUUCCAAAAUGAUAAAAGAUAAAAAUAAAUUAAAGUUUAAAAAAAUUAUGAAUAAAUUUUUUAUUUCAGAUAUUUCGAAAUACGUUAAAGCAUACGUAAAAAAAAAUGAUAGCAAUAUUAGAAGUGAAAUAGGAAUUACAUCAAAAAAAAUUCCCAUAUCAGAAGAAGAAAGAUUCUGGACAAAUAGUUAUAUUUAUAAUUUUAUAAGUCAUUGUUUACUUACAUAUAAUGACUGUAAACACUAUAUAGUUAUAACAGGUAGUAAAAAUUUGAUUCAGAAAUUAACAGGAACUGGUUAUGGGUACUAUGGUGUCUAUUUUACAGAUGGAAAAAAAAUAGGAGGAUUAGGAAAUUUAUUUAUAAAUAUAAAACAAGUAAGGCAUAUAAGUUUUAGUAUUAUGAGAACGUUACAAACAAAAACGACAUCAGAUAGAUCUGCAUCUAAUAAUGAUGAAGCAUGUAGCUUUAUUAUUAUGAUGUAA